AUUACAAAGUCCACAAAUAGAUGGCAAGAGCAAAGAGAAAUCUGGCAUCAUUACUGAAUUUUGAAGCACAAAACCCUUGUUAUUAUUAUUAUAAAAAUGUGUCUCGUGCUUUCCCAGUGAAAAGUAGAGGGAGCCGUAUAUCAAUUUAUACUGAUUAAAUGCUACAAUAAAUAACAACUGGUGUCUAGAAUUGCUGCCCGAUUUGUUUUCGAUUCAAAUUCAAUCAAUUUUUGUAAUUUCCUCAAUUUCAUUUAAAUUUAAUUUGGAUAGCAAGCCAUUUCUUGAAAAUUCAGUUCACCACCUCCUUUCAUGUUCAUCGUCCCUCUGCAGCAGCAUUCGCAUCACAGAUCUGAAACCGAGCUUCACUAGAGCAUGCAUUCGUUGUAGGUUACAGCUUACAGAACCUAAUGCAUUGAUUUUCAAAUUCCAUUGAGAGAUCAUUUCACAGCAAGCGAUUAGAAUUCUGUCUACUAGCCGCCUUCUGAUUCACGCGCUAAUUCAUAGCAAUUCCCACAUCACCGAUUUACAACUAAGCCUAAUACUAGAACACCCAAAAUAGUCACAUUAAACUCAGAUCUGCAGCAAUGGGGGCAUUGCCCGAGUCAUUUGACACCUCAAACUACAUCAAUGCCAAUGAAAACAACAGUAUUGCAAAGAAAAACAGCAUUUAUGCCAGUGGAAACAGCAAGGAUACCAAUGGAAAUGGAAACCACAUUGCUUUUGGUAUACCCCACAUGCAGCAGCUAUUUGAGGAGCAAAGAAAGUACCUUAAUUAUUUCUUCUCUCAUGUUGAGUAUGCUGAAGUACAGGCCUUUGCACAAGUUCUCAUGGAUGCCAAGGGAGUCAUAUUUUUCACAGGGGUGGGCAAAAGCGGGUUUGUGGCACAGAAGAUAACUCAGACAUUUGUUUCGACAGGUACAAAAGCUGUGUUCCUGUCACCUACAGAUGCACUCCAUGGUGAUAUUGGAAUUGUGGGUUCCAAUGAUGUGCUUGUUCUGUUUAGCAAGAGUGGUACUACAGAGGAGCUUCUGAGGCUUGUUCCAUGUGCUAGAGCUAAAGGUGCAUACUUAGUGGGAAUUACAAACCUAAAAAAUUCUCAGUUGGGUAAUGCGUGUGAUAUGCAUGUGCAUCUACCAUUGGAGAGGGAGCUCUGCCCAUUUGAUCUGGCGCCUGUUACUUCAACAGCCAUACAGAUGCUUUUUGGUGACACCGUCGCGAUUUUCUUGAUGCAAGCUAAGAAUAUGACAAGAGACCAGUAUGCUCUCAAUCAUCCUGCCGGUCGGAUCGGGAAGAGGCUAAUCUUUAGGGUGCAGGAUGUAAUGAAGAGGCAAGAUGAGUUACCUUUAUGUAAGGAAAAUGAUCUAAUAAUGGAUCAACUUGUAGAACUGACUAGUAAAGGAUGUGGAUGCCUUCUUGUUGUUGAUGAUGAGGAUCACCUUCUUGGAACUUUCACGGAUGGUGAUUUGCGUCGAACCCUCAAAUCUGUGAGGGAAGGAGUCUUCAAGAUCACUGUGGGACAGAUGUGUAACAGAAACCCUAGAUCUAUUGGACCUAAUGCUAUGGCAGUGGAGGCCAUGCAAAAGAUGGAGUCUCCACCUUCACCUGUACAAUUUUUGCCUGUUGUGGAUCAUAACAAUGUUGUUAUAGGUAUUGUCACCUUGCAUGGGUUGGUCUCAGCAGGUUUAUAAGUUUACCUUGUAGAAACAGUGCAGUAGCAUAAUUUCAUGAUGGCCAUUGUUUUAUUCUUUACCAACUACAAAUUCUCCAUUAGAAGACUCAAUAUAAAAUUUUGUUUUAUACUACUUAUAUUUUCUCCA